GGCUCUGGAGAGGACAGCCCCACGCACAACCCCGCCUUUUCCGCAUCCCCGGGAGGACCCCGCGCCGCUUUAUGAUUGGCCGCGGGGUAGCGCCGCUCCUUUUCUCUUCCGGUUGCAGGAGCCGCCGCUGCCGCCAUGAAUGACACAGUGACCAUCAGAACCAGGAAGUUCAUGACCAACAGACUUCUGCAGCGUAAGCAGAUGGUGAUUGAUGUUCUUCAUCCUGGGAAGGCCACAGUCCCCAAAACAGAAAUCAGGGAAAAGCUGGCAAAAAUGUACAAGACAACCCCUGAUGUAAUUUUCGUCUUUGGCUUCAGAACUCACUUUGGUGGUGGCAAGACAACUGGUUUUGGCAUGAUCUAUGAUUCCCUGGACUAUGCAAAGAAAAAUGAACCAAAGCACAGGCUUGCCAGGCACGGCUUGUAUGAAAAGAAAAAGACUUCCAGGAAGCAGCGAAAAGAGCGUAAGAACAGAAUGAAGAAAGUCAGGGGCACAGCCAAGGCAAAUGUUGGUGCUGGCAAGAAGAAGGUAAACUGUGUGUUGUAUAUCUUGUCAUCAGCUCAGUAGCUUAGUUUUGCUCCUCUCUGCUGCCAGCCUAGCUGAUAUGACAUGAAACAAUGCUUCUUAAAUUACUGUUUCCUAUGUGUCACUCGAACUAAAGUUAAAUUUCGUAAAUCUAACAGUAUUGCUCUAAUCACAUAACGCAGUCUCGCAAUACACACAGUAGAUAAUCUUAACGCUUGUCACUCAGGCUGCCUAAACCCCUAAUGCUUACUCCACCAAGUUGCUGUUGGUACACUGUUACUUACCCAGGUAAGUUUGUUAAGGGUGUGUGGUGUAGGCAGUGAGGACAGGGUGUAAACAGAAAUAAGGUAGAAUGCCUUGGGGUUUGAGGGACUGAUGCCCAAGGUAGCGGAGUCCUUCUGUGGUGAGGCUAGACUAAUGCAGCCCUCCUGGGCUGUAGCUAGGACUUGAUACAAGCAGGUUAGAGGGAGGCAGAUUUCCUCUAUUACGAAACAGAACCAAAGCUGAGGAAUAGGUUGGGUAGGAAGCCAGGCACUUUUUUUCACAGUAUUCAGUCUUGUGAUAAAUAUUGAAUAAGCUGUGCAGGUAAGUGUUUUGUUUUGGUUUUUUUUUUCAGGUGUUUUAG